AACGGUUGAAAUUGCUAACUUGUAAGAAACGAAACAAAAUCGCUGGAAAAUCUCGCUUCCUGUCUGAACUUCAGUCGACAUUCUAGGUCCUCCUAUCUAGGGCAUUCUAUACAAUUUGGUUUCCUUAGUUACUGCACUAGGUAUCCUGUAGAGAAGAAACAUAGCCUGAGGCUAGAAGGUCAGAGGAUGGCAGAGGCAGGUAGUCGCGCCAGGGCUGGUACUACAGAGGGUACCAGUGGCUCACCAAGUGCCAACAAAUCCAACACAAAAUUUGCAAAAAACCACAGCACAUCAGGCAGAAGACUUCAAAGAGAGUUAGCAGAGAUAACUUUAGAUCCUCCACCGAAUUGCAGUGCGGGUCCUAAGGGGGACAAUUUGUAUGAAUGGAGCUCAACUAUCCUUGGACCAAAAGCUUCAGUGUAUGAAGGUGGUGUGUUUUUCUUGGAUAUACAGUUCACAACAGACUAUCCUUUCAAGCCACCAAGGGUUGUUUUCCGAACUCGAAUCUACCACUGCAACAUUAACAGUCAAGGUGCCAUUUGUUUAGAUAUUCUCAAAGAUAAUUGGAGUCCAGCUCUCACUAUUUCAAAGGUCCUACUCUCCAUCUGUUCAUUGCUGACUGACUGUAAUCCCAACGACCCACUAGUGGGCAGCAUUGCUCAGCAGUAUUUGACAAACAGAGAAGAACAUGAUCGCAUUGCACGCCAAUGGACCAAGCGAUAUGCCACGUGAUGCCUUUAGAAUGGCCAUGAUGAUGUCAUGUCAACAUAUUGUUACUAUUUCUUUUUGCAAAGAAGCAGACUUUUUCUAACCAAAAAAAAAUUUUUUUAUUACAAAAUUAAUUUAUAUAUCAAUGCAUUUUUUCCUUAGGUUUGCUUGACAUGUUUAUCAUACUAUGUAAUUUAAAUUAACUUCUUUGAAUUUGUUACAAAUUUCUUAACUUUCCAUUAUUUAAAAGUUAAAUUAAUCAUAAUGAUGAAGUUGUAAUUAUAAUAUGACAGCUAAAAAACAGAAGUAGGUAUUUGUUUUUGUAAAUAUUAAUAUUAAGUCUGAAAUUUCUUCAAAAGGAGAUAACAAUAUGUACAGUGACAUUUUUGUGUGAGUGGUUUUGUAUGAGGGUGUGAUGGUGUGUGUAUCAGAUGUGUUUGUAUGUUGGUGUUGAAAUAGCUCUGAGCUAGCAGAAAUGUGAAACAAGACAAUUGAGAAAGUUGAGUUACUGGCUGUUGUUGUGGUCAAGUUUGAUGUUCCAUUUGUCCAGGUUGGCAUUGGUUGUUUAGGCAGAAGGGUUGAAUUACAACCUGCUUGUCUUAUUGUUCAGGUACAUCACCAGAUUUAGUUGAAAGAUUGCCUUGGUUAUAACCCACCAGUGUAAACAAGGAAUUAAGUUGAUUAAUUUUAUAAUUAUCCUAUGUUUUAAAUGCUGACCACAGGUCACUUUUUGUUGAAAUGAAAAAAAUAGGCCACAAAAAUAAUUUGUCCUAUUAAAUUGUUUUACACUUAUACUUAUACUUUUUAAAUUUGUUAGCUGCAAGGAGUGUUUGUGAACAUUAGUUCACUAUGAAUCUUACUGCUCAAGGAAAGUGAGCAACAAAAACAUGUUUUAACUGCCAUUAUCUUGUUGACGAUGUAAUAGGGGCAGGUAGUGUCUGUUGUUGAUUUUUUCUUCUAGCCUCAUGGUUUUCAUUUAAAAUGGUAUCAUCUGCAUUGAAGAACUACUUGCUAGGGGCUGGUUUCAAUUUUUAAAACAUUAGCUUUUGUGUUUUGAAAGAAACUUUUAAUGUAAAAAGGUUUAAUUUUAUAUUUUUCUAUCUACUGUUGUCUGUCAGUAAUUCUUUCUUUUUUUAUGACCUAAAAAACACCUGGAUAAUAAAUGCUUCCCUUAACAGUUCCAAAAUUUUGGACCUAAAAACGUGGUGUUCCUAAUGGGGUAUGUGCGAAUGGUGUCCUAGACAGUACAAAAUAGUUCUCUGAGAACUGCUGUUCUUUCAGUCUUAGAAAUUGUUAAUUAAACUAAUUGCUGCACCAUUGUUUAACUAACUAGCUAACCACUCCCUUUUUUGAACUUUUGUUCUACUACUUAUAGGAAAUAACUUUUUCAGUUUGAAAAAACAAUGGGGUAUGUUUACAUUCAAAAAGUAAUCUGUCCCCCAAUUCUAAGCUCCAUAUAAUAGUUCAUAUAACAAUACUACGUUAUGAAAAGUAGAUAGAUUUAAAGUUAUCAAGUGAAGUAGAUCUGUUUAUUGAAUUCUUACCUCAACACAAAUGGGUGAUAGUUCAUGUUGUCUUUUACCUUCCACUGGCUGUUGUCAGGAGACUUUCAGCCUCAGUUGUUGUCAGACUUUUGGUAUCCUGCCAGACUUUUGGUAUAUUGUCAGACUUUUGGUAUGCUGCCAGACUUUUGGUAUGCCGCCAGACUUUUGGUGUGCCGCCAGACUUUUGGUGUGCUGCCAGACUUUUGGUAUGUUGUCAGACUUUUGGUGUGCUGCCAGACUUUUGGUAUGUUGUCAGACUUUUGGUAUCCUGCCAGACUUUUGGUAUGUUGUCAGACUUUUGGUGUGCCGCCAGACUUUUGGUAUGCUGUCAGACUUUUGGUAUGCUGCCAGACUUUUGGUAUGCCGCCAGACUUUUGGUAUGCCGCCAGACUCCUCUACAGGACUCCCUCUAGAGACAGUGUGGAGAGAUUUCUUGUCAGCGUCCUCCAGUAUAAUGUGAGACUCCCUCGGGUGUGUGUCAGCAUCUGGUUAAUAGUUUGAGAUUAUUUCCAUUUGAUGUAUUUGUGUCUGUACAUAUAACUUUUUUUUCGUAAAUUAAAAAAUUAAAUAAUGA